CAAACAUGAGGUUCAGCAUCAUCUCGACGCCGCCACCGACCCACUCGGCCAGAGUGUCGUGUGGUGCAACGACGACCUGUCCAUGGUGUUGUGGAUGCACGGCGUCGUCGCCGAGGAGCUCCUGGACGUCGUGGCGUCCCCGGACAGCACCGCCUACGACAUCUGGUCCCAGCUCCACGUCCUCUUCAUGGACAAUCAGCCGGGCCGCGCCGUCGUCCUCGGCGAACCUCGUCCAGGGCGACCUCUCCGUCGCCGAAUACAGCAGGAGGCUCAAGUCCCUGGCCGACGCUCUCGAGGACGUCGGCGAGCACAUCUCCGAUCAGGCCCUCACGCUCCAGCUCAUCCGCGGCCUCAACCGCAAGUUUCAGAUCAUGGCGACGCGCCUCCCGAUGCAGUCGCCGUUCCCCUCCUUCGUGCAGGCCCGCUCUCGUCUCCUCAUGGAGGAGAUCUCUGCCAACGAGCGGGCUAGGCUGGACGGCCGUCCGGAACUCCCCGCCGCUGCACUCACCAUCGGGCACGCCCCGAGUGGCGGCCCCUCUCCCUCCCCUGAUCGCGGAUCAGGCAGCGACUCCGCCAACAAGAGCAAGGGCCCCGCUGCAUCUUCCCCGGGCGACAGGGGCAGUGGCUCGCGCGGGCGUGGGCGCGGUCGUGGCCGUGGCCGCGGCGCCCAGUCAUCUGGUGGCGCUCCCGCUGGACGCAGCGCCGCUCCAGCAGGGCCGCAUCCCCCGACUGGCUUCUUCGCUCCAUACGGCGCCCUCCUCCCCGGCCUACCUGCACCACGGGCCCCUUGGGCUGCGCCGAACGCCGCCGGCGUCCUAGGCCCACGUCCUCCUGCACCGCAUCAGGCCUACCCCCUGCACUCGACGCCUUCGAGCGGGCCUACCUGGGAGCAGUACAAUCAGUUGUACGCCGCUCUCCAAGGCCUCUCCAUGCAGCAGCAGCACGCCGGCGGCACCCCGGAUUGGUUCCUCGACACGGGCGCCACGUCGCACGUCGCUGGACCUAGCCAUGGGGAAGCUAAUCAUGAGGUCCAAUAGCCAUGGGGACCUCUAUCCUUUCUUCAACAACUCUGACGUUCAAGCAAUGCUCUCCAUCUCCACCGAUGACAUAUGGCAUCUUCGUUUAGGGCAUGCUAGCAAUAAAUCGGUUUCCAUUCUAGCACGUGAUUUUCUUCCAAAUUGUAAUAAAGCUAUGCCUAGCACUUCCGUUUGCUCAUCAUGUAAACUUGGCAAGCAGCCUCGACUUCCU